AUGUCUAGGUCUUUCUAUGUCGACUCAUUAAUAAUUAAAGACUCACCAAGACCUGCUCCAUCUUUACCUGAUCACCACCACCAUCACCAUCAUCAUGGACACGACUUCCUCCUGCCCAUCAGCAUGCCAUCUCCAGCAGUUAUGUCUGUUUCUGCACCCAUGUGUCCUUCAAGAAAAAGUGGCAGCUUUUGUGUCUGUCCCAUCUGUGUGGCCUCUCACCUGCACUCCUCCAGAACUAGCAUCCCUUUACUCAAGAGCCAAUUCCAAAGUGGAGACGUUCAGUACUGCCAGAGGAUGAGCCAACAGUCUGCACCAGCUGUGGUCCACACUGGUCACUCACCUGUCUGCAAUCCCACCUACAAUGUUACAGAUCCUAGAAGAUUCCACUGCCUGUCAAUGGGCAAUGCAGAAAGUGGCCAGAUGCAGAAUGGUAAAAGAAUGAGGACUGCAUUCACCAGCACCCAGCUUCUGGAGUUAGAGAGGGAGUUCUCAUCCAAUAUGUACCUCUCUAGACUGAGAAGAAUUGAGAUAGCUACCUACUUGAACCUGUCUGAGAAACAAGUGAAGAUCUGGUUCCAAAACAGGAGAGUGAAGCACAAGAAAGAGAAUAAAGGGUCUCAGAGGAACACCCAUGGAGGCUGUAAAUGUGCAAGUGGUCAAGGGCACUAUCCCGGCUCUGAAGAUGAAGGCUCCCUAUCUCCAGCUUCCACUACUGAGGACAAGGAGAUCUCACCCUUAUAG